CGUAACCGCGCAAAGCACUUCUAGCUAAAAUGAAUCGAUUACAACGUGGACAUUGGAUGGUCGGUGGAUUAGUUUGGAAGGAAUUGUUGAGUGUGUUGAUGGUGCUUUCGAUGGUUGUGAGUGGUUUAGAGGGGACCUCGACAACAAAAGUGGUGACGAAGUUUGGCCCAGUUAUUGGAAUGUGGAGCAGGAGUACCAGGGAAAGACUGAUCGCACAAUAUUUGGGGAUCCCAUAUGCCGAGCCUCCUGUUGGUGAUCUGAGAUUCAGGAGUCCACAGCCCUGGAAGCGUACGUGGAAUGAGACCUACUCGGCAACGGAAUAUGGCAACAUGUGCAUUCAGCUAGGGAAAGGAGGGCAAAUUCAUGGAAACGAAGAUUGUCUCUAUCUGAAUAUUUACGUACCCAUAAUUUCAGAGAAACGAGAGGAGAACAGAGAACUUCCGGUGAUGGUAUUUAUACACGGCGGAGGAUACGCCAUUGGAUCCGGCAGCGUGUUUCCGCCAAACUACUUGAUGGAACAAAAUGUAAUCCUAGUCACGCCCAACUAUCGUUUGAAUAUUCUGGGUUUCCUCAGCACUAGCAGCAAAGCGAGUCCAGGUAACUAUGGCCUAAAAGACAUUCGAAUGGCGUUACAAUGGAUACAGGAGAACAUUGCAUCGUUUCAUGGUGAUCCAAAUUCCGUGACGCUAUGGGGCCACAGUUCUGGUAGUAUCACGGUGCACCUGUUGGCCUUGAGCAGCAAAACGGACGGACUAUUCCACAGGUACAUUCUGCAGAGCGGGAUUGCUCUGUGCUCAUGGGCUCUGAAUACACCACGUUGGGCGAGACUCGCGGGAUUUCAUGUAGCAAGGACACUCGGUUGUCUUCCUGAGAAAGAAAAAGGGGAAGAAGAGGAGGAUGAAACAACGAGUGAAGGUCAUUUCGAGGGAAACUCGACGACAGUGAAACCUGAAGAGACGACUGAAAAAGAGGAGAACUAUCUCGACGAGGAAGAAGAGUAUGGUGAAGAGCAGGAAGAAGAGAUGAUGUCGUGUUUGAGAAACAUUGAGGCCAACAAGAUCGUCCCUGUACUUUUGGAUUUGUACAUGUGGAGGAACAAUCCCUGCUGCUUGUUUGGACCCACCAUCGAAGAGGAUUCAGAAGACGCCAUCGUAACGAUGCCCCCUUUGGUAACGAUCAAAAAUCGCCUCUACAAGGACAUACCAUUUAUCAUGGGAGUCGUUCAAGACGAAGGACUAAUCAAAACAGACGUUAUCCUGGUGCACGAGUCCAUGCAAGACGAGCUGGUCGACAACUUCGAUAGGUACUUGCCCCUCUUAACGAAUUAUUAUCAACUAAUUUCGAACACGAGCAAGUUUGUGACCGCAAUUGAAGAUUUCUAUUUCGGUGGGAACGUUUCUCGAUCGACGCUGGUGCAAAAUAUCACAGAGGUGCUUACCGAUGCUGCAUUUUUCUAUGCAGCGCAACAAAUGUUGAAUUAUCAAUCGGAAGUGAUGAAUUCCAACAGUUAUUUUUAUUUGUUCUCGUAUCAGGGUACUUUUAGCAACACUUUCGGCACCGGAUCUCCGGUUCACUACG